CUUCCGCUUCCAGCCGCGGUUGAAGGAGUGCGUGCUGAGGGAAGAGAGUGGCCCUUACGGAACGGGAGGACCCGGCCAGCGAUCCAGGCGGCCAUGGGGGCCAGCGGGGAAGAGGCUGCCGACAGCGAGGAGCGGUUCGACGGCAUGUUGCUCGCCAUGGCCCAGCAGCACCAGGGCGGCGUGCGUGAGCUUGUGAACACCUUUUUCAGCUUCCUGAGACGCAAAACUGAUUUCUUUGUAGGGGGAGGAGAAGGUGCUGCUGAGAAGUUAAUCACAGAGACUUUCAGUCGCCACAACAAACUUGCUCAGAAAGCACAGAAAGAGAAGAAGGCCCGUCAAGAGGCAGAACAGCGGGAAAAGGCAGAACGAGCCACUAAACUUGCCAAAGAAACUAAACAGGACGACAGUGAGCCAAGGAUUAAGGAGCUCACUGAUGAGGAGGCAGAAAGAUUGCAACUGGAAAUAGACCAGAGCAAAGAGAAGAAAGAAAAUGAGGCCAAUAACAUGCCUGUCAAGUCUGCUGAAAAUCCAGUGGAAUCUCCCGAGGCCAGCAAACAGGAUACUGAUGAAGAAGAGGAAGAUGAGAAGGACAAAGGCAAACUUAAACCGAACUCUGGAAAUGGAGCAGACCUGCCAAACUACAGGUGGACACAGACCCUCUCUGAACUGGAUCUGGCCAUCCCAUUUGAUGUGACCUUCAGACUGAAGGGAAAGGAUAUGGUGGUUGACAUACAGAGGCGCCAUCUGAAGGUGGGCCUAAAGGGCCAUCCCCCGGUGAUUGACGGAGACCUGUACAAUGAGGUGAAGGUGGAGGAGAGCUCAUGGCUGAUUGAGGAUGGAAAAAUAGUCACUGUGCACUUGGAAAAGAUCAACAAGAUGGAAUGGUGGAACAAGUUAGUCCAAACAGACCCAGAGAUUAACACCAAGAAAAUUAACCCUGAGAAUUCAAAAUUAUCAGACCUGGAUAGCGAAACACGCAGCAUGGUAGAGAAAAUGAUGUAUGAUCAGCGGCAGAAAUCAAUGGGGCUUCCCACAUCUGAUGAGCAAAAGAAGCAGGACAUACUAAAAAAGUUCAUGGAGCAGCAUCCAGAAAUGGAUUUUUCCAAAGCAAAAUUCAACUAAUACAUUGUCCCCCCCUUUUUUUUUCUCCUUUCCUGACAAACUUUUAAAUUUUAAACAGCAAGAAAUUAUGUACCUUUUCCUUCGGGAUGAUGCAGUUACUCACAUCACCCCAUUUUGGGGUUGAAAAAAUAGUUGUGCUGGUGAAUCCAUAUAGCAUACUGCUUAGGCUUCUGGAUUUUCAACAGUGGCAUCAGUUACUAGAAGUCCAUCCUUCAUCUUUGCAAGACAGUAUUCUAGGGAAAAGGGUUGAAGCAAAUGUAUUGCAAAAUAGUUACUUUCCACUGGGCUUCUCUUAGUUUUGGAAAAUCUGGGAAGGUAUCAUUUAAAAAUAACUUUUUGAAAAUCUGGAGUUUAUUCAUCCUUGACCAUUCUCUGUUCCCCAGCUCCUGCUCCUAAAUAAAGGGCCAGGUCCUAACUUAAAAAUACCAUCACUCCUUUUUUAUUAUUCUUACUGUUUCAGACCAAGGAACCACUAUACAAAUAUAACUCCAUAUAACAACCAUGAGAAGUGGCUUCAGAAUCAAAAGAAGCACUGACAAUCUUGAAACAUCUUUUGCUUGUUCCAUUUGAGCCACCAAGUCCAAGGUGCAGCAGUGCAGGAUGUUUGUCCUGGGUAUGCACGGUUGCCAUUUAAUGUUACGGGGAAAGCAUGGAGAGCAGAUCCAUAACAAAUCCAUGUAUCUGCCAGUCAGUGCUAUUCAUUACCUUCAGAAUUAACAUUGCAAACAUAAGUAGUCAAGCUUGGAGACAGUGAACAUUUGUCCAGGAUUUGGGAUAGAUUGCAAGAAUGCUAAGAUCCUUAAUAAUCUGAGAGACGGGUGUUAUUUUCAUUCCUGUAAAUGUUUCUGUCCUCAGCUGUUUCUCCCAGGCCAUGUUGUAACUUAUCUCAGAGCUUUGGUGAGAAUAGACUCAAAAGUUUGGGGAGCUACGAAAUGGUUUAUUGCUUCUCUUGCAAUAUUGGGGUUGGGGAGUUACAGAUCCGGAAUUAAGGACAACUAGGAUGUGGUUAUAUUACUGACUCCUUCAAGGAGACUGACUGACGCUCAUCUUAAGUCAAUCUCAUGAAUUGUGCUGACAUCGGGGAAUGAUAUGCCAGCAGUAACUAAGGCUCUUCUGCUGUUAAAGGGGACAUAAUGAGCAAGAAGCAAGUCUCUGGCUUGCUGAAGAUUAGUUACCCACCUUGCCAGAUCUGUUCCUUUCAGCACUGGACAUGUUAGUCAAGAACAUUUUGUUCUUUUGUUGCUUACAUUGCAGCUUGUAUUGUGCAUGCACGAUUAAAAAGGUGAAGCUUUCAUGCAUUGUCAAACUGUCAUGGUUAUCGGAGUACCCAAGAGCAAGCUAUCCAAGAUAAUUAGCAGCUCUAAAUAAACUCUUCUGUACCUUU